GGGCGAAGGUGAAGACCGGCUCCUAGGAUGAGUGAAGGGGCGGCCGGUGCCUCGCCACCUGGUGCCGCUUCGGCAGCCGCCGCCUCAGCCGAGGAGGGCACCGCGGCGGCUGCGGCGGCGGCGGCAGCGGCGGGCGGGGGCCCGGACGGCGGCGGAGAAGGGGCGGCCGAACCCCCCCGGGAGUUACGCUGUAGCGACUGCAUCGUGUGGAACCGGCAGCAGACGUGGUUGUGCGUGGUGCCUCUGUUCAUCGGUUUCAUCGGCCUGGGGCUCAGCCUCAUGCUGCUUAAAUGGAUCGUGGUAGGCUCCGUCAAGGAGUACGUGCCCACGGACCUGGUGGACUCCAAGGGAAUGGGCCAGGACCCCUUCUUCCUCUCCAAGCCCAGCUCUUUCCCCAAGGCUAUGGAAACCACCACAACAACCACUUCUACCACGUCCCCCGCCACCCCCUCUGCCGGCGGCGCUGCUUCUUCCAGGACGCCUAACCGGAUUAGUACCCGCUUGACCACCAUCACACGGGCACCCACCCGCUUCCCUGGGCAUCGGGUGCCCAUUCGGGCUAGCCCGCGCUCUACCACGGCACGGAACACUGCUGCCCCUCCGACGGUCCUGUCCACCACGGCCCCUUUCUUCAGUAGCACCACGCCAGGCUCCCGACCCCCGAUGCCAGGAGCCCCCAGUACGCAAGCAAUGCCUUCCUGGCCCACUGCGGCGUAUGCUACCUCCUCCUACCUCCACGAUUCCACUCCCUCCUGGACCCUGUCACCCUUUCAGGAUGCUGCCGCUGCCUCUUCCUCCUCACCCUCUUCCACCUCCUCCACUACCACUACCCCAGAAACUAGCACCAGCCCCAAAUUUCAUACUACAACAUACUCCACUGAACGAUCUGAGCACUUCAAACCCUGUCGAGACAAGGACCUGGCGUAUUGUCUCAAUGAUGGUGAAUGCUUUGUGAUUGAGACCCUGACAGGAUCCCAUAAGCACUGUCGGUGCAAGGAAGGCUACCAAGGAGUCCGUUGUGAUCAAUUUCUGCCGAAAACAGACUCCAUCUUAUCGGAUCCAAACCACUUGGGGAUUGAAUUCAUGGAGAGUGAAGACGUUUAUCAAAGGCAGGUGCUGUCAAUUUCAUGUAUCAUCUUUGGAAUUGUCAUCGUGGGCAUGUUCUGUGCAGCCUUCUACUUCAAAAGCAAGAAACAAGCUAAGCAAAUCCAGGAGCACCUGAAAGAGUCACAGAAUGGGAAAAACUACAGCCUCAAGGCAUCCAGCACAAUGACGAAGUCUGAGAGCUUGAUGAAGAGUCAUGUCCAACUACAAAACUAUUCAAAAGCGGAUAGGCAUCCUGUGACUGCGCUGGAGAAAAUAAUGGAGUCAAGUUUUUCAGCUCCCCAGUCGUUCCCAGAGGUUACUUCUCCUGACCGAGGAAGCCAGCCUAUCAAGCAUCACAGGAGUAUUUCUUCUUGCUGCAGCCCAGGACAAAGGAGUGGGAUGUUGCAUAGGAAUACAUUCAGAAGGACACCACCCUCACCCCGAAGUCGAUUGGGUGGUAUUGUAGGACCAGCAUAUCAACAACUUGAAGAAUCAAGAAUUCCAGACCAGGAUACCAUACCUUGCCAAGGGUAUGUAUCCAAUGGCUUAAGAACCCAACAAAAUGCAUCGAUAAAUAUGCAACUGCCUUCAAGAGAAACAAACCCCUAUUUUAAUAGCUUGGAUCAAAAGGACCUGGUGGGUUAUUUAUCCCCAAGGGCCAAUUCUGUGCCCAUCAUCCCGUCGGUGGGUCUAGAAGAAACCUGCAUGCAAAUGCCAGGGAUUUCUGACGUCAAAAGCAUUAAAUGGUGCAAAAACUCCUACUCCGCUGACGUUGUCAAUGCGAGUAUUCCAGUCAGUGAUUGUCUUCUAGAAGAACAACAGGAAGUGAAAAUAUUACUAGAGACUGUGCAGGAACAGAUCCGGAUUCUGACUGAUGCCAGACGGUCAGAAGACUACGAACUGGCCAGCAUGGAAACUGAGGACAGUGCGAGCGAAAACACAGCCUUUCUCCCCCUGAGUCCCACGGCCAAAUCAGAACGAGAGGCACAAUUUGUCUUAAGAAAUGAAAUACAAAGAGACUCUGUGCUAACCAAGUGACUCGAGAUGUAGGAAUCUGUGCAUUCUAUGCUUUGCUCAACAGGAAGGAGAGGAAAUUAAAUACAAAUUAUUUAUAUGCAUUAAUUUAAGAGCAUCUACUUAGAAGAAACCAAAUAGUCUGCCGCCCUCAUAUCAUAGUGUUUUUUAACAAAAUAUUUUUUUAAAGGGAAAGAAGUGUUUCAGGAGGGAUAAAGCUUACCACUAAAGCUUUAGGGGAGAAUUCUGAAUCCAAUUUCAGUUAGUCCUUACACUAUCUCCUUUGGCUCUUGGAAGAUUUGGCUAAUUCCAACCUUUGGUCUCAUAGUACCAGUGUCUAUAUAGAACAGAAACUGGUGUUCUCCUAGCUUCAAAGAGAUAAAGUUUAUUCCAAGAACAAGUGUGCCAGUGAAGCAGACAGCCCUGGCCGUUUGGCUCUUGAGUUCCAACCCCUAAAUUUCUAUUCAUCAAUGCUCUCUACAAGUUAUGUCAUGUCGAGGAAUGUAGUGCUUUGUAUUUGAUUUUCAAACAAUGGCAGGAAAACAUGAGCAGGAGGGAAGACGGAAGAUAGGAGGAAUCUGGGCAAAAUUAACUACUCUCAUGUGCCAUCUUUCAUAAUUUGAAAGCACAGAGCCUCAGAGGGAGGUGUUAAAUUAUUAUAGGAAAAGAGACAAAAUGACAGCGUUGUGUUACUAAAAUUAUACUAAUAGAAAUGUUUUUCUUGGAGAGUGAUUAGAAGCUCUGAAAGGGCACCUGUGUGUGUGUGUGUGUGUGUGUGUGUGUGUGUGUGUGUGUGUGUACAGGUGUGAGGGUGCAAUUGUGGGCUUGCUCACCCAAGCUGGAUGCACAUGUGUCCCCUGUAUGUAUGUGUGUGCAUGUGUGUGUGUGUGUGUGUGUGUAUUAAAGCUUGCUAAAAUUUGUUCUGAAACAUCAGGGAAACUAAAAUUUAGAAGAGAUUUCCCCUUUAAGAUCUUUUCACUUUAAAUUUUCCAUUAAAUGUAAAUUUGGUUAGCGAGUUCUUAAACCAAGGUAACUUGCAUGGUGGGGUCGUAUAAAAUUCUUGACAAUGUCUAGACCAUUUUCUGAUGUGAAUACUAUUGAAAAGGACAGCCUUUGGCUUAUUGAUAUCAGCAUCACAAAGCAAAUUAAUGGAGGAUGUGUUUAUUUUGAAUCAUUUACUUAAAUUACUGACACAAGCCAAUCAUCAAAUUGAUAGUUGACUAUUUUAUUUCUCGUCAUCCUCAUUGCUAAUUUACAGCAAGUCUGCUCUGUGGAGACAGAGGCAUUGGCUUUCUGUUGUUACUGUAAAAGGAAUAAAUUGUUGAAAACCACAAAUCCCAGACGAUUCAGUUCACAAGCAAUGCCCCAAAACAACAAAUUGUGUUGUAUGUUCAUUUGGAAUAAAGCAAUAUUUUUACCACUGCUAAGGUGAACUGAAACCUCUCCUGAAGAUGUGUCUAUUUAUUUUCCCUAAUUUCAUGGGGUGUUCACGGAAACUAGUGUUCACAUACCCAGUCUUUAUCCAAUUAUUGGUGGUGUUGUUAUGUUUACACUGUUUAAAAUAAAAAGGCACAGUAUUUGAAAGUAU